GGAACCACUUCCUUCUGACCCGAAAUGUAGCGGUAGCAGAAGAUGGUUCUUCCGAAUGAAUGCUGAUUGACUUGCUGCCCAGCUGCCGAAGCUGUCCUUGGUAGAUCCCCUCGGCGUCCGACUCUGCAUCAGACCCAGUGGUCACCAGCUCGUCCUCUUGGACUUCACAGGCCAGAUGAGACUCAUGCAGUGUGACCUCCACUGUAUGGUCCACAAUCUGCACCUACCCUUCUUCCCCGCAACAGCUGCCAGAAGAGGCAUCUCUCCAUUGCCAAGUGAGGAAAGGCCUCUUUUUACAAUUGGAGGUGUCCCAAUUGAAGGGGAAGGAGAUGGAAAAGGAGGACCCAGAAGGACCUGGACCUGGCAAGAGAGCAUGGAAAGGCCCCCAUCCCAUCCAACCUGGGAGCGGUGUUGAAUUCUGGGAGACAACUGUGCCAGAGAUCUGGGAUCAGGAGCCCCUGAACUCAGAAGUACUUUGUCAACACUUCCGGCAGUUCCGCUACUAUGAGGCUGAAGGACCCCGAGAGGUUUGCAGUCAGUUGCACGGACUUUGCAACCACUGGCUGAAGCCGGAGAGGCACUCCAAGAAGCAGAUUCUGGACCUGGUGAUCCUAGAGCAGUUCCUGACCAUCCUGCCCAUGGAAAUGCAGGUCUGGGUUAGAGGAUGCGGGCCAGAGACCAGUUCCCAGGCAGUGGCCCUGGCUGAAGGUUUCCUCCUGAGUCAGGCAGAGGAGAAGAGGCAGGGAGAACAGAUGUGGAGUCCAUCGGUGAAGAUAAAAGCUGAGUUCUCUAGGACAGAAAGAGCUCUGAUGGAGGAAGGGCAGCAUGCCCAAGAUACCAUCUCAGGUGUCAGUCAAGAGGCAGUGUUGCUCCAUUUUCUUUGUGAAGCCGUGGAAACAGCUGCUGCUGCUGCUUCAGUCCAGUCUCCAGUUUCCUUUGAGGAGGUGAACAUGUGUUUCACUGAGGCAGAGUGGGCCCUGCUGGAUCUGGACCAAAGAGCUCUCUACAUGGAAGUAAUGCUGGAGAAUUACAAGAGUGUGGCCUCUCUGGGAGCCAGGAAGGUAAGAGAGAGUAUGGUGGAAAAAGAGAAAGGCCUUACAUCUGAAGGAAGCCUGGAUAGUUUCUCUAGAGGACCUGAAGAGAAUAUUUCCUUCCCAGAUGAGCUGGCUGCAAGUGGUGACUGGGCCUCUUACUUACUUCCAGCAGGACAUAUAGAGGAGAGAGUUGGGGGAUUCCAGGGUUUUUUUGUGCAAAAAGCCAAGGAAGAAGACUUCAAAGGAAACUUCAGGGAUGGAGAUGGACCAAAGAGUCAAGUGGGAAACCAUGCAGACAAGAGAAGGGAUAAGCCUGCUGUCUUCCAAAGAGAAGGUUUCUGCAAAAUCCCAGUCCGAGAAGCAGGGUCAACCAAAACAAAAAAGAACAAAGGCCUCCAUGCUAACCAGAAAACCCAAUCCACGGAAAUUGAAAAUGAAAAUGUGGCCUUUGAAAAGACCAUCUGUAAGAACAUCAGUGUUAUUUCCAAUCGGCAAACUCCCCCAGGAGAGAAACCAUAUGAUUGCUUGGAGUUUGGAAAGAGGUUCAGUCAGAAAUCAACCCUAACUUCACAUCAAAGAAUUCAUUCAGCAGAACAUGAGCAGGGGAAUGAAUUGGAUGAGGAAGUGCAUCAGCUAUUGCCAGAGAAUGUCAGGAAAGAAGAUUUGAAAGGAAACAUCAGGAAUCAAAGUGAAAUGAAGAAGCAGAAAGAAAGUCAAGUGGUCAAGAAGAAAGAUACACCCAUUCUUGACCAAGGUCAGGAUUUCUACGAAGUAAUUCACAUGAUGGAAGAAUCAUAUAAGUGCUUGCAAUGUGGAAUGAAAUUCUCAAAUCAAACCCAAUAUGAUAUCCAUUUGCAAAUUCACAGUGGAAAGAAGACUCAUCAAUGCUUGGAGUGUGGAAAGAGCUUUCUUUAUAGAGCAGAGAUCCUUAGGCAUCAAAGAAAACAUACAGAAGAGAAACAUUACAACUGUUUAGAUUGUAGCAAAUGCUUCUCACAGAAAUCAGGCCUUGUUCAACACCAAAUAAUUCAUUCAGAAGAGAAGUCACUGAUCUGCUUAGAGAGUGGAAUGACUUUCUCUGGUGGAAGAAUUAGUAAUGUACAUAUUCCAAAGCACAGUAUAAUGGGACAUAGAUGCUUUCGGUGUGGAAAGUACUUCAAAAACAGAUUACUGCUCCUUGUGCACCAAAGACUCCACACAGGAGAGAAACCUUUUGAAUGUACAGAGUGCAGGAAGAGAUUCAGUUGCAAUGGCAGUCUUAAAAAGCAUCAAAGAACUCACACAGGGGAGAAACCAUUUGAAUGCUCAGAGUGUGGAAAGAGAUUCAGUCAGAGUAGCCAUCUUGCAAAUCAUGUAAUCAAACACACAGGGGAGAAACCUUUUGAGUGCACAGAUUGCAGAAAGAGAUUCAAUCGGAGUAGCAAUCUCAAAAUGCAUCAAAGUACACACACAAGGGAUAAACUUUUUAAAUGCUCAAGGUGUGAAAAGAGGUUCAGUCGGAGUGGCCAUCUUCAUGAGCAUGAAAAAACUCAUACGGGAGAGAAACCUUUUCAGUGCUCAGAAUGUGGAAAGAGAUUCAGUCAGAGUGGCCAUCUUCAUGAGCAUGAAAAAACCCAUACGGGGGAGAAACCUUUUGAAUGCUCUAAGUGCGCAAAGAGAUUCAGUCAGAGUGGCCAUCUUCAUGAGCAUGAAAGAACUCACACAGGGGAGAAACCUUAUGAAUGCUCAGAGUGUGCAAAGAGAUUCAGUCAGAGGCGCAGUCUUCAAAAACAUCAAAGAACUCACACUGUGGAGAAACCUUUCAAAUGUUCACAGUGUGGAAAGAAGUUCAGUGACAGUGGCCAUCUUCAAAGACAUGAAAAAACCCACACAGGGGAGAAACCUUUUGAAUGCUCACUAUGUAGAAAGAAAUUCAGUCAGAGCUAUCAUCUUCAAAUGCAUGAGAGAACCCACACAGGGGAGAAACCUUUUGAAUGUUCAGAGUGCGGAAAGAGAUUUAAUCGGAAUGGCAAUCUUCAACAGCAUCUAAAAUCCCACUCAGGGGAGAAACCUUUUGAAUGCUCCGAGUGUGGUAUGAGGUUCAGCUGGAACUGCCAUCUUCAACAGCAUCUAAAAACCCACACAGGGGAGAAACUUUUUGAAUGCAUAGAAUGUGAAAAGAGGUUCAGUUGCAUUGGCAAUCUUCAAAAACAUAAAAGAACCCACACUGGGGAGAAACCUUUUGAAUGCUCAGAGUGUGCAAAGAGGUUUAGUGAAAGUGGCAGUCUUUCAAAGCAUUUAAGAAUCCACACAGGGGAGAAACCUUUUGAAUGCUUAGAGUGUGGAAAGAGAUUCAGUGAGAGUAGCCAUCUUCAGAGGCAUGAAAAAACCCACACAGGGGAGAAACCUUUUGAAUGUUCAGUGUGUAGAAAGAAAUUCAGUCAAAGCUAUCAUCUUCAAAUGCAUGAAAGAACCCACACAGGGGAGAAACCUUUUGAAUGCUCAGAGUAAAGUAAAACAAUUUAUCAAUUACACACUGUAUCAUUACCAAUAUUCUAAUUCAAUCUGCUGUUUUCUUUUAGAACUCAAAUCCUGUAAUUAUUCUUUUCUACCCUAUUUCAAUAUAGUCUGUAAAAUGUUUCCAGUUUUCUGCAAACUUCUCUGUAUUAUUAUCCAUUAAUAAAGUUGUUAAUUUGGCUA